UGUGAUGUGCGUCCUAUUGUGGGGCUCGCUGCGCCGCCAUUGGCCGAGCCGUGGCCCCUCUUGCCGUGGCGAUGGCUGUCAUUGACGGCCCAUCUGUUCUGCCACUCUCUGUAUAAGCCCCGCCCCCCCCCCACUGGCAGAGGCGGGGACAAGAGGUAGAGGGAGAUGGAAAAAAAAAAGGAAAAACACACACACUUUCUCCUCGACACACACACACAUCCGAGGAGCAGCAUCCUGGAGAAGCUGCCGGCCCUGCACUUGUUGGGGUUCAGACCUUCCUCAAGGAGAGUUUGCUCCGUCUGCUCCACACACAAGAGUUCAGAGGUCAGCCCCACUGAGUGGAGUGUGUGCGUUUUUUUGUGUGGUCCUUUUUUUUGCUCUUUCCAAACACUGAAGCCCGGAGUCGAGCGCGUGUAAAACAUGCUGGGAUGAGGAGGGAGUGCGUGUUGUGUUCCUUGCCGGUUCCCGCUGGCAGUGCACUUCUGAGAAGGGGCCCGAUGAGUCGAGCCCUGUGACUGGCCCGCAGUCUGGGGGGGGGGCCCCGAGCGCUUGAUGUGUGCGACGGACCCAUGGGCCUGAAGGACCAUGCUGCAGGCAACCAAGCAGGCCUCAUCCACGACCUGGGGCUGGAGUUGGAGUACCUCCACAUAGAAGGGGCCGACCGCCAGACUGGCUGCGCCGAGACGGGACUCCCCGCCAUGGAGGAGCCGGGGCAGAGCCGGGCCGCCCCCCCCGGACCCCCCUCGGGGCCCCCCACCGCGGAGCCGGAGGGCUCGGACACGGAGCUGGGCGUCGCCGGUCUCGCCGCGGAAACGGCCGACCCCGAGGCCGUCGUCGCCGCCGCGGAGAAACCCAACGAGGGCGGGGAGGGGGCGUCGCCCCACGCCAAGGCCGCCCACCAGCCCCUCUGUCGGGCGCAGUGCGUGGACCUGGGGACCGAGGGGCCCCCAGAACCGCCUCCAGGACCUUCUGAACACGACGCCCCUGACCCCCCCGUCGCUCCGCCCUGCAUCGAGCCCCCCCGGGCGGAGACGGAGCCGGACGAGCCCCCCGCCGGAGGGACGGGGGCGAAGGAGUACCAGGCCAAGCUGGACUUCUCCCUGAAGCUGGGCUACCCCGAGGAGACGGUGCGGCUGGUGCUGUCCAAGCUUGGCCCCGACACGCUCAUCAACGACAUACUGGGCGAGCUGGUCAAACUGGGGAGCCGGUCGGAGGCGGAGCCAGCCCCCGGGACGGCGGCGGCGGCCUCCGCCUGCUCCUCGCUCUCCUCCUCGUCGUCGUCCUACGCCUGCUCUGAUUCGCUGGAGGGCCAGAGGGCGGAGUCCCCCGGUCUGUCGGAGGGCCUGGGUGACCAUGACAACCUGAGGCCCGUGGUGGUGGACGGGAGCAACGUGGCCAUGAGCCACGGCAACAAGGAAGUGUUCUCCUGCCGUGGCAUCCAGCUGGCGGUGGAUUGGUUCCUGGAGCGCGGCCACCACGACGUCACGGUGUUCGUACCGGCGUGGAGGAAGGAGCAGUCCCGCCCCGACGCCCCCAUCACAGACCAGGACAUCCUGCGGCGGCUGGAGAAGGAGAAGAUCCUGGUGUUCACGCCGUCGCGUCGCGUGCAGGGCCGCCGCGUGGUCUGCUACGACGACCGCUUCAUCGUCAAGCUGGCGUACGAGUCGGACGGCGUCAUCGUCUCCAACGACAACUACCGCGACCUGGCCAACGAGAAGCCCGAGUGGAAGAAGUUCAUCGACGAGCGGCUGCUCAUGUACUCCUUCGUCAACGACAAGUUCAUGCCUCCAGACGACCCUUUGGGUCGCCACGGGCCCAGCCUGGACAACUUCCUGAGGACCAGACCCAUCAUGCCCGAGCAGAAGAAACAGCCAUGCCCCUACGGUAAGAAGUGCACGUACGGCCACAAGUGUAAGUACUACCACCCGGAGCGCAGCGCCCAGCCGCAGCGCGCCGUGGCCGACGAACUCCGGGCCAGCGCCAAGACCUGCGCCCUGCCCGCCCGGGGCGGCCCGCCCGGGGACGCCGGCCUGGUGAAGAGCCACAGCGUGCCGGCGGGGGUCCUGGAGGCCAAGAAGGGGGCCCCCAAGAGGCAGUCGGACCCCAGCGUGCGCGCCUUCUCCUACAGCGACGCCGAGGAGCGCCUGCUGCUCGCCAAGGGCCGCGUCGAGGCCGGGAGGGGCGGGGGCGGGGUCGGCCGGGCCCUUGCCAUGUCGCCGGCCCCCGGGGGCCCCCCGCCGCAGGAGCCGGCAUCCCGGGCCCCCACCCCUCACGGCUGCCCGGGCCCCUGCGCCGAGCUGUACCCCCACUGCGAGUCCCCGGACCUCAGCUACUACUCGGUGACGCGCUCCUACGCCGGCCUGGCGCUCUCGUCCCGCCGCAGCCCCGACUGUCGUUACCCCGGCGACCAGGAGCCGCGGCUGGGGUCGGCGGGCUCCGAGUGCGGCAGCGAGAGCGGCGUGAGCUGCGGCAGCAGCUGCGACUCGGCGUACGGCGAGCGCGCCUGCCCCGCCUCCUUCGCCCCCGAGGCUGCCCCGCCCCCAGAGGAGGCGGGGCUGCUCUACGGCGGCCACCGGCUGUACUCGUGCGCGCCGCACCACCACGGCGGCGGCCACGAGUACGCCCCGCCGCACCACGGCGGCCACGCCCACGGCUACCACCUGGGCCGCGGGCCGGGCUGCGGGCACGAGCAGCAGGCCCCGCCCCCGACGGCGCCGCAGGACGGCCUGGCCCCGCCCCCCAAGCGGCCGCUGUACCCCCUGCCGCCCCACCUGCAGCACCAGCCGCUGACGGCCCGCUCCAGUUGCCCCGGCGACUACCACACCCUCCCCCAGAGUAGCCCCCACGCCCCGGGCUCGCCGCUGGGCCGUUGCCUAGCGCCCACGCGCGCCGAGAGCGCCUCGGACUCGCGGCUCUACGAGCACCUCUCGGCCGCCGCCCACCAGCACCAUCACCCCCACCCCCACCACCACCACCCGCCACCGCCGCUGCCCCCCCCGCCCCGGCAGAAGCCCCCGUCAGGCUGGGAGUCGUACUACAGGCACGCCGCCGCCCUCCCGCCGCCGCCGCCGCCCGCCUCGCGCUACGAGCCGUCGGCCUAUCAGAGCCUCCCGGACACGCGGCAGUCGUCAUGGCACGCCGCCCCCCCGCCCUGGGGACAGGACGGCUACGGCCAGCAGCAGCAGCACCACCACCACCAGCACCACCACCACCACUCCCACCCGGGCCUGCACUCCUCCUCGCCCCCCCACUACCUGAACCCCCUGCCUCCGCCCUCGCCCUCCCACUCCCCCCGCCUCUCCGGCUUGGCCCCGCCCCUCUACCCCCCGCCCCCGCCGUCGUCGUCCUCCUCCUCCUCCUCGCCCGCGCCCUCCCUCUACGGCCCCGCCCACGGGGGGCCGGACUCGCCGGCGCACGGCGGUCGCCACGACGACGCCCGGGAGAAGGCCUACUUCAACCUGUGCAACAUAUUCCCGCCGGAGCUGGUGCGGCGCGCCAUGGGCCGCCACCCCCACGUCAGCGACCCCCAACAGCUGGCGGCCGCCAUCUUGGCCGAGAAGGCCCAGACGGGCUACUGAAGGACGUGUGCGUCUCGUUGCCGUGGCGACGAGCCUUCCCUCGUUUGGGUUAUCGCCCCCGGGGGGGGAGGGGGGGGAAGGAAGGAUCGUUCCGACAACUGGAGGGUUUCGUUGCGGAGCUCUAUGGUCGGAAGAAUUAUUUUUGUAUACGGUUUUGUUUUCUUUUUUCGGGAUGAUUUAUGAGUUAAUGAUACUUGUCGUACAAGUAUCUGCGUGUCGGAAAGAAAAAUUGGGGGGGGGAUUUUUCGCCACGAAUGUGUUGUGGAUUUUUUGGGUUGAUUAAUUCUUUUUCAAUUGAACCGUCAAUGCACGAAACACUUCCGAUAUUAGCUCAGAGAGCUAGUAUUAUGUUGAUUCAUUGUUUUAAACUGGUUUCGGUUUGUUGUUUUGACCUUUUACUUGAUUCUGCAACAAAAUCUUCAUUAUUUUAAAUCAAUUCGUUUUUUCUCUUCCGCAUAAGUCGAGAACUACACUGAUUGGUAACGCCGUGUUUCGGAUCACACACGCAAGCACCGCCCACCCUGGAGGUUAAACCGGUUAAAACAAACUCCUCCGUUCUCUGGGUGUGCCCCUGGAUGACGGCCCUUUUCCCACCAGGGAGUUUCUAAUCGUAAAAUCAUGCGUCGUGCCGUUCGUUAAAAAACUAGAACGAGAUUCCCGUCUUGUGCGUGACUGUGUAGCCCCUUACCCCCCUUGUCCGUGAUUAGCAGGUGUCUGGUUCGAAUUUCAGGACUCGGGAGACGUUCGUUCUCCGGUCUCCGUCGUGAAGAGUCAGAGAUGGGUGGCACCACGUCCUGUGUACCUUAGUUUUAGUAAGGGACAUCUCUCCCCAUAUACCCCCCUCAUCCACCCCCAUCUCUCUCCGUCUGCGGGACCCUUUGAGUCUGAGCUCGUUGCUCUUGCAGACCGUGAUGUGUGUUUCAGGGUCCGUGGACGCCCAUGUACCUACUGUAAAUAGACGUUAAUAUAUUGAACGGCGCGGCCAGGCGUCUUCUCUUGUCCGUCAGUGUCUUCGAGGUCCCGGGUCGCGGCUCCCGGAAGAAUCCACGCUUUAAACCCCGCAGCGAAAUGAAGGAAGUAGGGGGGAACCAAAAUCCACUUUGUUUUUGAUACAAUUUGUAUCGUAGCGCCGUUGGCGGACAGACUGUUUGCGGACGCGUCGUUCGUGGGUCGCUGACUGUCGGCGCCUUGCUGCUCUCCGAUCGAGGAGGUCCGCUCUUUAAGCGUGUGGAAGCUGCUGCUGAUGAUGCGUGAUGUUAAAUGAUACGAGGAGGUUGACUACCUGCUAUGUCUGGGUAUUGCGGCCUCGUUAUCUGGCUUUGGGUUUGAGAAAGAAAAAAAAUAUCCUAAGCGUAUUUGAACACAAUCACCUCUGAUCUCUCCCCCCCCCUCCCCGCGAAACAUCAGUAUUUGUACUUCCUUCACUCAUUUCAAUUCGAAUCAUUUCAAAUUAAAAGUUCCUCUAAAAUAUGGUAGCCAUUCCUAGUAUUUAUAUGAGGUUAACUUGGGAUUAUUUGGAAAUAUGAGAACAAGUUACACCGUGCUGAGUCACAUUUAGAAACACAUUGGCCAUGAAUUAAUGGACGGCUGUAAAACUAUUUUACUCAAUGAUACGAGUCACUCCCACUUUUAAAGAAUGAAUAUCGUGAUGGAUGACAAAGUUUAAAUCAGUUAAUAAACCUAAUCGGUAGAUUCACUAAAUGCUUGGAUUAGUCGCAAGAGGCCAUCGAACCGACCUCUGCCCCGAGGGUUUAACAGUCCGGGUCUGGCCCCCGCCCCAAAGCAAAACCACAGGGAUUUCAACCUGCUACCUCACGGCUCAGGACCUCAAUCCCCCCGCCCCCCACCCCCCACCCCCACCCAUGCCAGAUUAUACAAAGUGUGUAAGAUAAUUGAAGCGAGGGAAACCGGGGGAUCUUUUUAGUGUACUGAAGAAGCGCCUUCUCUCUGGGACCCCUGACACCGUGUGUCAGCGCGGGAGCAGAGCGGGGGCCCCAAGUAAUGCCUGUUUGACGGCAUUGUGCUUAUGACACAUCCGAUACUCUGAACUAUGUUCAGCCAACUCUUAUGCAUGUUUUCACCUGUUUUGGUUCAUUUUUCUCUGCAUGUUAAGUUUAUUUUUUUUCUUCUGUUAGGUAACUUGACAAAAUAGACGCGUGUGAGCUUGUCACCUGUCCUCCUCGCACUCCUCGUCACGAUAGGUGUGCCCUCGUUAAGGACAGUUGUGUGCCCUCGUUAAGGGAAGGUGUGCUACUGUUAGGACAGGUGUGUGUCCUCGUUAAGGACAGGUGUGUGCCCUCGUUAAGGGAAGGUGUGCUACUGUUAGGACAGGUGUGCUCCUGUUAGGGCAGGUAUGCUCUCCUUGAGUACAGGCGUGGCCUCGUUAAGGACAGGUGCGUGGCCUCGUUAAGGACAGGUGUGCUCCUGUAAGGGCAGGUGUGCUCUCCUUGAGGACAGGCGUGCUCUCAUUAAGGACAGGUGUGUGCCCUCGUUAGGCAAGUUGUGCACCUUGUUUCGCUCGUUAGGACCGAUGUACACCUUGUUACUGCAGGUGUGUGCCCUCAUUAGAACAGAUGCAUAAUCAUGAAAACAUGCAUAGUAAGUGUGUACUUUGCAUGUUGUCACUUCCUUUCAUUUCCGAAUGUUGUAUUUUGUUUUUCCUUAUCUUGUAGUAUGUAACUUAACUUAUGUUGUGGGAAACUGAAAUAUUGAAGUUGCCUGGUUUUAAAUUGCAACAUUAAGCAACUUUUAAAGAUCUUGAUCUGGCAUCGACCAAUAUGGAUUGGGCCGAAACUCAUCGUCAGAUCAAUGUCUACAAAGUGACGGCACUUUCCUCAGAUGCCAAUUUAACAAUCUGCUUUCACAUAGUUAAUUUAUUAGUUCCCUUAAGAAGCAUACGACCCCGGAGCAGAGCAUGUGGUCUUGGAAUGUUUAACACAGAGCUAACUAAUUCACCGACACGAUAAUCCAAUCUAUAUUUAGUUAGAUGACACAACGCUUUACGGUCUAGGAAUACUUGUAGAAAAAAGUCAAAACAUCAAAAAAAUGGAUUUGUUUGUUGAAACGCUAUUUAUAGAGGUCCUUUAGAAAAGGCGUAACUAACCAACACUCUUCGUCAUUGUAACUAUUCUCUUCUGUGAUUGUUCAAUAAAGGGAAAUGUAUUGCA